AGACAAUAAAGACAUGAACUCCACAAACAUCACAAUAUCUGAAGACUGGUCACUUAGGGUGCUGUGAACUAUGCGAUCCCCUGUCCUGCUGAUGUGCUGUUUGGGAGUUUUUAUGAUAGCUACAUCAUUCUCUCUGAAAAUUUGUGCUUUUAAUAUCAAAAGUUUUGGGGAAGCAAAAGCCAACAACAAAAAUGUUAUGGUAAUUUUGAUCAAGAUCAUUUCUCGAUGUGACUUGACUUUGAUUCAGGAGGUGCGAGACUGCAAAGGUGAAGCUAUCCCUGCUCUGAUGAUGAUGCUCAAUAGGUUUGACAAAUCUCACAUGUACGCUCAUUUAGAGAGCAAAAGAUUGGGAAAAAAGACAUACAAAGAACAAUACGUGUACAUUUACAGGAAAGAUAUGCUACAGGUGCAAGAGCAAUUUUAUUAUCCCGAUCUGAGUGAGAAGAAUGAGACUGAAGUGUUUUCCAGACCAGCCCUCAUCAUACGAAUCCAUUCCCCCACAACCUUUGUGAAAAACUUUGCCAUUAUUGGUCAUCAUACCAGUCCUAAGCAUGCCAUGAAAGAGAUGGAAGAACUUUUUGGAGUCUUCCAAGUUGUCAAGAAGAAGUGGAAAAUUGAGAAUGUGAUGCUUCUGGGAGAUCUGAAUGCUGACUGUGGCUAUGUCACCAUUAAAGGUUUAAAGAACCUCCGACUCAGGAAUGAUCCAAAGUUCCACUGGCUCAUCACAGAUGAACAGGACACCACAGUCCGGGACACAACACACUGCGCUUAUGACAGGAUAAUUGUACAUGGCAAAGAACUCAUUUCAGGGAUUGUGCCGGAAUCCGCUCAGCCCUUUGACUUCAGAAAAGAGUUCAGUUUAACUCAGCAAGAGGCCUUGGAUGUAAGUGACCACUAUCCAGUAGAGGUUGACCUAAAGCCAAGCCAUCACUAUUUUCUCCGCAAUGAGCUCUGACCUGACAAGAAUCUUAGAAGUGUGUUAGAAAUAAAUCCAAAUCAUACACACUGCAAUAAAGCAUCACAGAGUAGCUAUUGAAAAUGUGCUUCUUAUGCUAACUUUCAAAUUAAAAAAAAUUGUCUUUAUUUAUGUGUUUAUUUAUUGUAUUGCUCAUUUUUUCUCAUGUGUAUUGAUGAUUCAUAUUCUUAUACUACACACAGAGAUAGAUUUUGAAUGUAACAUUAUUAUUAUUUGAAAGACAU